AUCCUGAUUCGUUAAAUUUUCAGGUAUGUUUCUGGUGUUAGUUGCUGUAGAAUAGUAUGACUGACUGUUCAUGACAAUCUAUUUACAAACACCAUUAGAUGUUCCAUAAAUUAUUGUGUCUGGUCUGCUUUCUCAUGCAACUUCCCCUAAGGUUAUGUGACUAGUAUCAACUAAAAAUGUGGUCUAAAACCUCAUUAAGCAUGUGUAGAUCAUAUCAUCCAAAAGUAUUAGUUUUAGUUUAUGUUUUAAUUCUUGUGGCCAUUACUGUAAAUGCAAAAAAAGAUCAGAAAAAAUCUGAUGAGGAAGAUUUCACUCGAACUGCAGAAAUGAUUCGAGAAGAGGAAGUUGAUGAAGAUGAGGUGGAAAAUACUAAGCCACUUUUCACUGAUCUCAGGACUAGUCAAAUAUACGAGUUCAUAGAAAGUGCUAAAAAGAAAGCUAAACCAGAUGAUUAUAAAAAAUACCCUUACAGUGAAGAUGCAACAGACAUACUAAACCAAAAGCUAGUCGAAAAACUCAGAAAAGAAAUUGAAAUGUUGAAUAUAAAUGAUGAGGAAGUGAUCAGUAAUGAAGAUCUUUACCGCAUAAUUACUUCAAAAGAAAAAGAAUUUUAUGGAACUGCAGAAGAAACCAUGCUUUUUCAGGAACUUUCAGAAGAAGAAUUUGAACAGUUGAUCAAAAAUGAAAACAAAAUUGAGACAACAACCAAGAUUACUAUUAAAGAAGUUGAUCCAAAUCCCACUUUUAGUGAUUUAAAUUCCAAUGAGAUUUAUCAUACACCUUCAGCUACACACAGUCUAGUUCCUCCCGAUGUUAGUGCUUCUGUAGGAAUUCCAGAAUCGCCUACAAAACCUAAAGUAAAAAAAGAACCUGAAUUAACUGAAGAAGAGAAACAAGCUAAAGUCUUAUAUGAAACAGGUGUCAUGAUUUUGAAUUCAACCAAACCUGAUAAGAAAAGAGCAUAUGACUUGUUUAAACAAGCAGCAGAACUGAGUCAUCUUGAAGCAGGCAAAAUUGUUGGCCAAGCAUACUUUUUUGGAGAUGUAUUUCCACAAAACAUUACUGCUGCCAAAUAUUGGUUUGAGAAACUUGCCACUGAAAAAGGUUCUCCAUUUGCUCAAAUGUACUUGGGUUUAAUGUAUUCAGCCGGCCUCGGUUAUUCUCCUCAUCUGGCCAAGGCAAUUCUCUACUAUACAUUUGCUGCUCUAGGUGGAGAUACUUGGGCACAGAUGGUGAUGGGUUAUAGGCAUUGGGCUGGUUUAGGUGUUGUACCCAAUUGUGAAUCAGCAUUAACAUAUUAUAGAAAGGUGGCUAAGAAAGUUGAAGAAGAGUUAUCAACUAAUGGUGGAAGUCUCAUUCAACGAAUUAGACUGUAUGAUGAAUUUGAAAAUAUGGGAUCUACAACAGGUGUAUUAGAUGAUGAUCUGAUCCAAUAUUAUCAGUUUUUGGCUGAUAAAGGAGAUGUUCAAGCUCAAGUUGGCCUAGGACAGCUGCACUAUCAAGGUGGACGAGGAGUAGAACAAGAUCAUGCUAGAGCACUAAAUUAUUUCAUGCAAGCUGCAGAUGCAGGAAAUGCAAAUGCUAUGGCUUUUCUAGGAAAAAUGUAUUUGGAAGGUGGAAAUGUGGUAAAGCAAAACAAUGAAACAGCUUAUAAAUAUUUUAGCAUGGCAGCUGAAAAAAAUAAUCCUGUAGGACAAAGUGGUUUGGGUCUAAUGUACCUCCAUGGAAAAGGUGUACCAAAAGAUUACAACAAAGCUUUCAAAUACUUUUCUUCUGCUGCUAAUCAGGGAUGGGUUGAUGGACAGUUGCAACUAGGAAAUAUGUACUAUAAUGGCCUUGGAAUUCCACGAGAUUUUAAAAUGGCUAUAAAAUAUUACACUAUGGCAUCUCAGUCUGGUCAUGUUCUCGCAUUCUACAGUUUAGCACAAAUGCACGCUACAGGAACUGGAACUGUUCGUUCAUGUGCUACUGCUGUUGAAUUGUUUAAGAAUGUAGCUGAAAGAGGUCGUUGGGGAACAAAUUUAAUGCAAGGAUAUACUGAUUAUAAAGAAGGUAGAGUGAAUGAGGCAUUGGUAAAAUAUAUUGUAUUGGCUGAAUUGGGAUAUGAAGCAGCUCAAAGCAAUGCAGCUUUUAUUUUGGAUAGAGGUGAUGUUGAUAUAAUUCCCAAAAAUGAAACUUUUUAUCGUGCCCUCAUGUACUGGAGCAGAGCUGCAUAUCAAGGUUAUUCUGUAGCUAGAGUGAAAGUAGGUGACUACCAUUACUAUGGUUAUGGCACUGAGGUAGAUUAUGAAACUGCUGCAAAUCAAUACAAAAUAGCAUCUGAACAACAACAUAAUGCCCAAGCGAUGUUUAACCUGGGUUACAUGCAUGAACAAGGUUUAGGAAUGAAAAGAGACAUACACUUAGCUAAGCGAUAUUAUGAUCUUGCUGCUGAAACUAGUUCUGAUGCUCAAGUUCCAGUAGCUUUAGCUUUGGCAAAACUUGGAGUUCUGUACAGUUUACAGCAUUUACAAGAGUUAAACUUGGAUUCACUACUGCCAAAUGUUAACUUAAGUAAAAUACUUGGACCUGAUUGGGAUCUCUAUGUCAUGACAACUCUAGCAGUGUUGUUAGGAAUUGUUGUAUACUUCAGGAGAGGUCCUCAAGGAUGAAAAAAUAAAUUGGUUCUUUCUUAUUUAAAAACUUCAUGUGUUAAAAGACUCCUGUUUUGAUAAAAACUUAAUUAAUGCUCAUCUGUGUGUUAUUGCAAGUACAAAAGAAAUAUUUACAUUCAUCUGAACUGAAUUAAAAUAUGUAAAAUCUUAUCAUGAAGAAACUGUAAAUGAAAUGUUGUCAGUAUGAACUCCAA